AUGGCUACGGGAGCGUGGCCACUGUCCGGCCCUCGUCCUAACCUGAUCACCCUGCUCAGGGCCUGCCCCACCCAUCCAGCAGAAGAGCUGAAAGUCAGGCUGAGCCGUAUGCUGCUGGAGUUUGUGCAACACCAGAUGACCAAUGAAGAAAGCGACAAAACCAAAGAGCUGGCAGAGAAAUGCUGCCGGGAUGCUGAAGCGCGGUAUUACAGUAUUUUGGAACACUUCCUCAGUCAAAAGAGCGGAAGCCAGGGUGGCCAGGACAUCUCAGAAAACUUCUGGAAAGAAGAGUUCCAGUGCUUUCUGGUGGUCUUUGGUCUGGAGUGUGCCCUGUCAUCAAACCAGCUUCCAUCUGACUUCACAAAACUCCUUCAGAUCUACAAGUUGGCCGCAUACCAGGCUCCACUGGUGAUCGAGCUGAUGCUGAGGUCUGGGUUCGUUCAGCCACAAAAGUUCGACAAACAUUUGAUCACACUUGAAAACAACAUUUUGGAGAGGUUAGCCUGGACCAGUGACUCGCCACUGUGGAAGGAAAUCAAAGCCAAUAAAGAAUGCCUGCCUUCCUGCCAAGAGGUGAUACCUCAGAACCUGCUUGAAGAAAUGGAGCCACAGCUUGAACCUGACCAACCAAAAGCGCAUGUCGGGUUGGAGAUGAGUCCCUCUGACAGUGGGGACAAAAUAGUUUCCUUUUCCUCCGUCAGCACGCCUCAGAAAAAGAACACUUUUGGCGUGUUUGCUUCCAAAGUUUACCAGCUGAUGGCCGAGCGCUUGAAGGAGCUGUGCUCCAAACUGGACAUCUCAAAUGAGCUGAGGUCCAAAAUCUGGACCUUUUUUGAGCAUUCCCUGGUUCAGCACAGCAGGCUCAUGGUAGACCGCCACCUGGACCAGAUGCUGCUGUUAGCCGUACACCACAUGGCAAAGGUAACCGGCACCAAAAUAACCUUCAGCAACUUGGUGGGCAGCUAUAAGUCUCAGCCAUUUGCAGACACAAAGGUCUGUGAAGACAUGCUGAUGUUGGAGAGUGUUGUGGAAAAUCCCGGUAAAGGAGAGUACCAGGGUGCGAUAUUGACCCCCUGCUCACCAUCUGGACAGGAAGAGAAAGACGACAUCCUCAACUUUCACAGGAACUACAUCAUGAAGAUGCAGCAGUUUGCCAAGCUGUUUGCCCAAACCCCAGGGGGCGAGACCCCUCCGCUGUCUCCGUACCCCAGACCGCCCCUCCCGAAAAAGACGCGUCUCCGUCACCCCCGUUUGUCCCAGUGUCAAAAGAUCUCUGUAUCGCCGCUCCCAGGAAACCGCUCUCCAAUAACGUCUGGACUCUGCUACGCCAUCGGCUCCGAUACGUCACAGCGCCUGGAUGAGAUCAACAGCAUGGUGAAAGCAGGCAAUCCCUCCACCAGGGUCUGCCGUGCACAUUCCUUUGAAACAAAUAACGAAGAAGAGGAGGGAGGAGAUGGUCCUUCACUCAAAAGGGCUCGCGUGGACGGUCAGUCGACUUUUGGGAAGCGACUGGAGAGUGUUGUGAGCGAUCGUGAAAAAGCAAGGAGGCAGCCCAGGAUCUAACUCUUUUCUAGAGAGGAGGGUGAGCUCUCAGUCUGUUCCGGUAUGUGAGGUACAAUUGGACAAGUACUGGAGGAAAAGCACAGCGCACCUUAGCCUUUCUUUUCUUUUACCAAACCUAUCUUUUAAGAUACUGCCUUCAGGUCAAGUUCUUUUAUGGCUUUUUCUUACUAUUCCCCAUGUAUUCCCUUUUGCUUCAGUUCAGUAGGCUUUAAUACCAUGUGCAUAUUCUUAAACCCCUGCUCAGGAUAUCCUAUAUUUUAUGUGUACUGUAUAGCUUUUUGUAUUAAUUUAUAAUGGUGACUGGCUAUGAAAUGCACAGAGAACUUUCUUUGGACACAUCAAAUUAUUUACAAUUAUUACAAUUAGAUAGAAUUACAUAAAUGUUUGGAUCCAUGAAAAAAAUAUAACACAAACUUCUCUUACACUAAAAUUCCUUUUAGUGUAAGAUAAACCUAUCAUUGCUCACAGUAAUCAUACAUUUUAUUGUUGUUUGUACAAACUGAUGCAAUUUGUGGGGUAAAUAACUGAAAAAAAAAUCAUUUAAAAAAACCAUAAUGUACAAUUGAAAGUAUUACAAGGUGUAAUGAGGGUUCAUGAGUAAUAUUCUAAAGAAGAUUCUAAGUAUUAGAUUUUAAUGAGAUAGAUUUGAAUGGCCUUGAUUUGACCACUGUAAUUCCUUGAAAAAAACAGUACAUCAGAGACUUUAGCGAUGACAAUAUAUGUGCUUUCCGGGUUGAUUUUAUUUCAUUUCAUUUUUCUGGAGAAGACACAUGACUCCAAAACUGACUUUUUAAAGUUAACUUUUUUUAAAAACUUUCUUUGCUAAAGUAACCACUGAAUCAUGAACUACUCACUCACUGUUAUCCUUUGUUGGGUGCUUUAAAACUAGGAAAAUUAAAGUCGCCGGAUGUUUCAAACUGUUCGCUAUCACAUUUUAGAGCCCUCUGAAAAAUCUGGACGUAGACAUUCCCAGUUAUCCUGCUGACUGAUUUCAAUGGCUUUUCUGUUUUUUCUCUGUGUGGCACUGUGACAGCCAGCGUGGCGUCAGUCUUCCUCCGCUUGAAUACGUACGCUUUGACUCCCACAGCUGCAGGAAGCUGCAGGAGAUUACAGUAAAUCUGUGGACUUACUCUCUUCACUCAUCAGAUACUUUGCUUUAUUUGGGCCUGUACAGCAGUUCAAAGUUAUCAUGGUUGGAGUGGAAUGUUUUUAUAUGCCACUUGGAGGAUAAAUAGGUAAAUAAAAAGAAAAUAAGUGUAGGAAAUAAAAGAAAAAAUAAUGAAAAC